AUGGCGAACGUUCGGGAUAGUGACACAUCGUUGUGGCUCCACAAUAAACUCGGAACAUCGAAUGAUUCUUGGACUACUGGCUCAAUUUGUACCCAAUUAAACGCUGAAGUUCUUAAGAAUAUCAAGGAUUGUUUUCCAGAUCUCCAAACACAAGUGAAACUUAAAUUAUUGCUAAGUUUCUUUCAUAUCCCGCGUAGAAAUGUUGAAGAGUGGAAAAAUGAGCUUGAAGAAAUUAUUGAGGUUGCAGGAGUGGAUUCAGAUCUCUGGGUUGCCAUGCUUGCAGAAGUCCUCAAAACUUUCCCCUCGGCGGGGACCCUUAACACAGAGAUAGCAGAGUUUGAUGAGACUCGUCCCAUCUUUAGCGACAUGAUAGCUGAGCUUAGGAGGGCUCUAGCUAAACAUUCAGACCUUGGACUGUUACCUCUUGAGUGCCUUUAUUUAAAUAAAAAUGCCUUAGUAUCUGUGGUAGGGCAACAACCCAAUCCAGUCAAGCACUUUACACUAAAACGUAAACCUAAGUCUGUUGCUUUAAGAAGUGAACUGCUAGCCAAGGCUGCAGAAGUUCAGGCCAAUCAGAAAAAAGCGCAAGCACCAACCGUGCCUGUCCGGAGCCGCGGCAUGCCUAGAAAGAUGACUGACACCACGCCUCUCAAAGGCCUCCCGUCCCGGUGGGCAGCCCGUACCGGAGCCAGAGUGCCACCCAUAGUGCGGCCACCGCCACGCACCGGCAUCAAACUUUUAGACAUCACGGAACAACCAGCGACGCACGCGCAGAUCAAGAAACGGAGGAAGCUUGAAAUGGAGGAAGGAGCGAAGAAGGCCCCCCCGGUCGCGCCCUCUUCGCCCCCGCCUGAUUACGCGAAAGGUCUCAACUACCAGAUGCCAAAAGCCGACGACCCCGCACCCCCCGCAGCGAGCACCGAGUCUGUACCCGAAACGGCAGAACCGACGAACGAAGUGGAAAACCCCCCUUCCCCUGCGCCCGCGCAACCCGCCCCGCCUAUACUAGUACAACAGGGCACUGGUGCAAAGCCAAUAGUAAUAGGUCAGCAACAGAAGCUCAUAAUAGCUGGGCAAGCGGGCGGGAAACCUGUGUUACUGUCCGCACAGAAUUUACUCAACACAUCCGCCGUUAUACUGCAGGGAGGCGGCAAGGCUGUUUUACUGCAGAAUAUCAAACCUAUGUCCCAGCAAGUAGUCCAACAGACGCCGCAACCUGCUAUACAACAUCAAAUAGCGCAUCCACAACCCGUGCAACAAGUUCCCGUGGCGGCUGUCCAACCGCAGGCGCAGCCGCAACCGCAAACGCAGCCGCAACCGCAACCUCAGACGCCUGCGCAACCACAGCAAGCCACACAACCGCUGUUGCCGCGUAGAGGGCUGUCACUAACGAGAGAACAAAUGAUGGAGGCUCAAGACAUGUUCCGGAACGCCAAUCGCGUCACAAGGCCUGAAAAAGCGCUUAUACUCGGCUUUAUGGCUGGCUCCAGAGAUAACCCCUGUCCGAACCUCGGCAACAUAGUGACAAUAAAACUGUCCGAGAACAUAGAGAAUGUACUGCAAUCGGACGACACCUACCUCACAAUGCUUUCGGAAAUGCACUUCCAAAUGAACUAUAAUAACGGGCAGUGGACCAGGCUGAAGAAGUACAGGCAUAUUGAUGGAAUGGUGCCACAGAAGAUACCGCCCGGUUCAACAGUCAUCGCGGCAAACAACCAGCAACCAGUUGUGUCUAUUGCCAACCAGAGUGUCAGUUAAGGUUCGCUUAUAUUUAAGUUGUUCGUUAUAAUGUUGUUGCAAUACAGUUGACACGAGAAACGUGUCGAACGCGCAGUCUCUACCUCGGCCAAUGUGUUGAGAAAAUACUCUAGGUCAGUACGUUCAGAGGAUCCGCAAGGUUAAUGCGUUGAGAAAUCGCGCUGGGUCAAUGUGUUGAGAAAAUGCGUAUGGUUAUUUUGUUGAGAAAAUUUUGGGAAAGCGCUAGGAAAAAUUGAGAGAGAAUUUGGCCAUUCUUGAGGCAUUGCGAUAGGCCAAAUUAUUAGGUAAAAUAACUGGGUUAAUGUGUUGAGGAAAUGUUUAAACAAUAUGUAAAUGCCUUGCCAACUUGUUGGGAGAAUAUGUUUGAGUAACGUGUUGAGAUUAAUGUGUCAAUUCAGAAAGUGCGCUAGGUUAGACGUUAAACUUUUUUGCAUUCGAUAAACCAAUUCUUGUGAAAAGUUGUAAUAUGGUAUUUUUUUUUAGUCAGGCUAGCCUCCCUUAGUA